GUCUAAUCUGAUACUUCUGCUAAAGCUAAAGCUGCAAUACAUACAUAUUGAAGCAAGAAUUGAAUAACUCAUGCUAUUCAAAAUUCGUCCUUGAUUUCAAAUUCUUUGCAAGAAACAACAAAGCAUCCCACCCAAAUCAAGGAAUUUCACAUUGAUUCACGCACAAAAUCUCUGGCUGGAGCCUGGAGCUGUAAAUGAUUCAUAAAUGAAAAAGCCCAUAAACCCACAUCCCUAGAAACCAAAUUACCCCAUCUCCAAUAUCAACUCAUUUAUUCACUACCCUUUCUCUUAUUUACCCGGUGCUUUCCCUCUCAUAUUUCAAUUUUUUUCGCAAUUUUCCGUUCAAUUGUUGUAAUUCUCCAAGUGGGUUUUUGUAUGCUGAGAGCAUGGCGAUAAGAUGGGAGAAGGUACAGGUGAGUGGAGUGGGUGGUGGGCCCGGGGUGAGGUGGGGCCACACAUGCAACGCCAUUAGAGGAGGGAAGCUUCUCUAUGUUUUCGGCGGAUAUGGGAAGGAUCAGUGCCAGACGAAUCAAAUUCAUGUUUUUGACGCUGUCAAUACAUUUUGGAGCGAGCCCGUUGUGAAUGGUACACCACCUACCCCAAGAGACAGUCAUAGUUGUACCACAGUUGGAGACAAUCUCUUUGUAUUUGGUGGUACUGAUGGAAGAAGGCCACUUAAUGAUUUGCUGCUUCUGCAAACUUCCACCAAUACAUGGGUUGUACCAUCGGUUAGAGGUGAUGCUCCGGAACCAAGAGAAGGCCAUAGUGCGGCACUUAUCGGUAAAAGACUCUUCAUUUUUGGUGGAUGUGGCAAAUAUGAGAACAGUGAAGUCUACUAUGAUGAUCUUUACAUAUUAAAUACGGAGACUUUUGUGUGGAAACGUGUGUUCCCUACGGGUACUCCUCCAAGUAAAAGAGACAGCCAUACCUGCGCAUCUUGGAACAACAAAAUCAUAGUCGUUGGUGGUGAAGACUCCUCUAAUUAUUACCUAUCGGAUGUACACAUACUUGAUGCUGAUACUCUUGUUUGGUGCAAGUUGAACACCACCGGCCAGUUAUUGCCACCUCGAGCUGGACAUACAACAAUUUGUUUGGGAAAAAAAAUGUUUGUCUUUGGAGGUUUCUCAGAUGAGCAGAACUUGUAUAAUGAUGUCUAUAUGCUUGACAUUGAAACCAGUUCCUGGAUCAAAGUUUCAGCCGUCGGGGAAGGCCCUUCUGGCAGAUUUUCCAUGGCAGGUGAAAGUUUGGAUCCGCAUAUGGGUGGCGUUCUUGUUUUUAUAGGCGGCUGCAAUAAAAAUCUGGAAGCACUAGAUGACAUGUAUUACUUGCACACAGGAUUUUCUAAAGAGAUUGACAGAGAUGAAAAGCGUAAUGAGAAGUUAUCUUUGAGGAAACAGCUGAAGCUGAAAUGUCAAGAGCAAAAUACAACUACCCCUGGCUAUGAGAAGGCUUCAUAUGGCACUGAACAUGAAGAUGAUACUACCAUUUACCAACCUACGCCAAUAUCGAGUUAUAUGCCAGCAGGGAGGCAAAAUUUCUAUUUGAAUGAAUAUCAAGCCCCUCUUGGAAAAAAGACCUUCCAAGCUAGGGUCUUUAAAAGCUUUCCUGAUGGAUAUACAAUUGAAACUAUUAUCGAUGGGAAGCCUCUACGUGGAGUACUAUUUUCCAACAAACCUAGCUCCACUAGCAUGGCAGUUGAUAAUUUCAAUGGUAAGAUGGAAGCUAUGAAGAUUAAUGAUCCAAAUGUGCACGGUGGUCACAAUUCUGGGAUGGAGAGUGAGAAGCCACUGCAGCAUGAUGCAACUGUGGUCAAGCAAGCAGAUGAUUCUGGGAAUGAUGAGGAAGGAUUGAAAGCCCCGAUGGAAAUCGCCACAUCAGAAACUAAAAAUCCUGAUGCUGAAUCAUUGAUAUCUCAAGAGGUUGUGGAAGCCUCAGAAAGACGUCUGGCACCUGCUGGUAAUGCGGGAGCCUCAGAAACACAUCUGGCAUCUGCUGUUAAUGUGGGAGCCUCAGACACACAUCUGGCACCUGAUGGUAAUGCAGGAGCCUCAGAAAUACAUUUGUCACCUGCUGGUAAUGCGGGAGCCUCGGAAACACAUCUGUCACCUGCUGGUACUGCAGGAAGUGACACCCCUAAUAAUCAAUCAUUAAUAGAUGCUGAAAUGCAUGAAGAGGAUGCCUCUGUGGUUGUUAAGGAUCAAACACUCGCAUAAUGUUGAGGCUGAGAUGUCGCAGGACUGAUUUUUCCAGAUGAAAGUUCUUCUGGGCCAAACUCUGUAUAGCUUCUGACUACUGAAAUAGGCAAGAACGCGUCGACUAACUUUUUCCAGUCUCUGCUCGGAUUCUACGCCUCUUGUUCUCUUGAAAAAUUACUCUUUUAACAAUAUGCAAGUCACAAUUAGCUAGCCACUACCCAAAUGUUGAGUCCUUUUAUAUUGCUAGUUAGUAAAGCUACAGACUCAGAAUUGACCUCUCUUCCAUCUUUGCAGUAAUAUAUCACACUCUCUCUC